UUCAGUUGAGUUGGAUGGCUUGAACGGAGUGGAAGUGCCUCUCUGUUGGAUUUGGGCAUUUGGACUGGAAAGUGGAAGGAGAAACAACAGAGCUGUGUUGGAUUGUUUCUGAAAUUCUCAAAGAAAUACUUUUGUGGGUGAAAUUGAGUUUUUUUUGUGAAAGAAAACUUCAUCUUAUCAGUGUUUAAAGUGACCAGAAACUGAGGAUAUUUCCCGCAACAUACAGAAUCUAUAUAGGUUUUUUUUUUGGAGAAAGACUGUGAUUCCUGGUGAACAGAGAGUGUGUAAAGUAGGAAAAAAAUCUCAGUUCCCAUAGUGGUGUGUUUAUGGAGUGGAAACAAUUUCCAAGUGGAUUACAUUUUUAGCCUCUUCUGUCUCAUCUUCUGGAUUAAGUGCUAUUAUUCCAGCUUCUUCAUCCUCCGUGGACUAUCUGUGUGUGUUUGUGCAACGUCCGAAAUUGGACGCCUGAAUUGCCAGACGUGCCCUCUUCGAUUGCCGGCCAUUCAACAUGGCCAAACUCCCCUGGACAUCCGGUCAACUCAGUGUCCUUCUGUACAUAGUUAUAAUUUUAGUUCAAUGUAUUUCACAAAUUAGUGCACAGCAUCCUUCACAGCAAAUUCCAGGAGGUCGUCGGGAGCGGCCAAGAGUGGCCUAUUCGAAACCGCACAGACCUCUGCAGCGUGUACAUCCAUGUGAACACAGUUCCUGUUACCCAGCCACGGGGAAUCUGCUGAUCGGUCGCGAAAAUAGAUUGUAUGCAUCGUCAACAUGUGGCCUGUCGGAACCUGAGCGAUACUGUAUUGUCUCUCAUCUCAAAGAGUUCAAGUGCUUCCUCUGCGACACGCGACCCCAUACAGAAAAUGAUCCAAAGACCAAUCAUCGAAUUGGUCAGAUCAUCUACAAGAAUCAGCCAGGAACGCUGGAGCAAUCUUGGUGGCAGUCGGAGAAUGGCAAGGAAAACGUGACGAUUCAAUUGGACCUGGAGGCAGAAUUCCACUUUACACAUUUGAUCAUCGUGUUUGCCACAUUUCGACCGGCUGCCAUGCUCAUAGAGCGCUCCUAUGACUUUGGAAAGUCAUGGCAUGUAUACAGAUAUUUUGCACACAAUUGCCCAGAAUCAUUUCCCCAUGUUAAGGAAUUCUCCAAAAAUAUCACCGAUGUCAUUUGUGACUCGAGAUAUUCGGGUGUCGAACCGUCAAAGAAUGGCGAGUUGAUCUAUCGUGUUCUACCGCCAAAUAUGAACAUUGAGAAUCCCUAUGCUGAUCACAUUCAAAAUAUGCUCAAGAUGACCAAUCUGAGGAUCAAUUUUACGCGACUUCAUACCCUUGGUGACACUCAUUUGGAUGAUCGUCAAGAGAUUCAGGAAAAGUACUACUAUGCCAUAUCUAACAUGGUUGUCCGAGGAUCAUGCUCCUGCUACGGGCAUGCUUCGAGGUGUUUGCCCUUGGAUGGAGUGGUCAAUAAGUACGAUAUGGUUCACGGACGAUGUGAGUGUACGCACAAUACGAAAGGACUCAAUUGUGAGGAAUGUGAGGACUUCUACAAUGACCUUCCGUGGAAUCCUGCUCUGGGCAAGCAAACUAAUGCCUGCAAAAAAUGUAAUUGCAACAAUCACGCCUCCAGUUGCCAUUUCGAUCAAGCCGUCUAUGAACAUUCCGGACGCGUUAGUGGAGGAGUUUGUGACAAUUGUCAGCAUCAUACUCAAGGGCAGCAUUGCGAAGAAUGUAUCCCAUUCUUCUAUCGUGAUCCUUUGGAGGACAUUCAGAGUCCCUAUGUUUGCAAACCUUGCGACUGUGAUCCUCAUGGAGCCAUUGACGAUGGUAUUUGUGAUUCUGUGAGUGAUCCCGAGUACAAUAUUGAAGCUGGAGCUUGUCACUGUAAGGCCAAUGUCAAGGGACGACGUUGCGAUACGUGCAAAGAUGGCUUUUGGAAUUUGAACGAGCACAAUCCACUGGGAUGUGAAAAUUGCACCUGCAAUACCCUGGGUACCAUCAAUAAUUCCGGCUGCAAUGUGUACACCGGCGAGUGCACGUGCAAGCGUCUGGUGGUCGGAAAAGACUGCAAUGAGUGCAUGCCUGAGAGCUAUGGCCUUUCGGACAGCCACGAUGGCUGUUCUCCGUGCAAUUGUGACCUUGGAGGGGCUUUGGAUAACAACUGCGACGUGCAGACGGGUCAGUGUAGGUGUAGACCUAACAUGACUGGUCGAAGAUGUGAACAUCCCAAGCAGAAUCACUACAGGCCAAAUCUGGAGACAGUCUAUGAGGCAGAAGAUGCCUUGUGCAUAGGAUUUUCAAGCUAUGGGAAUUGCACAAUAGUAUUGUGGGAAAAUGGCUACGUGAGAGUUCCUGAAAGAUCAGACAUAACUUUCGUGGUGGAUGAUAUUUCAACCACGACCAACUACAAUGUUAUCAUUCGGUACAGCACUCAAACGCCUGGAGAUUGGGAAGUUGGCACAAUCACGGUGAUUCGACCAGAUGAAUAUGAUCCCGAAGGGCCAUGUGCUGAAACACAUCCUUCCUACGAAACCCGUCGACCCUUCCGUCUUCCUGAACAUCAGACGGCAGUUCAGGGUCUAAGGGAUGUUUGUCUGGAAGUAGGGAAGACUUAUCGUUUCAAAAUUCACUUUGAGAGACAUAAUGUGAUUGAUGAUAAUCCUGCAGCACAGAUCCUCGUAGAUUCGCUUAUUCUUGUGCCUGUGAUUGAUGUCGAGAGGUUGUCUCCUGGAGAGAUCCGUGACAAGGCAGAAAGAUGCAAAACAUUCUACAAUGUCAAUUAUGAUACCACAGUUCCAGAAGAUUGUCGAAUUAUUAGUACAAUUGUUCACAAUGGAGCCAAACCAUGUAAUUGUAAUCCAACGGGGUCGAUGAGCAAGCAAUGUAACGAUGAACUUGGUGGAUUUUGUCAGUGCAAGAAGAAUGUUGUUGGAAGGCAGUGUGACAGGUGCGCCCCAGGAAAGUACGGUUUCAGUCCCGAAGGAUGCAAAGCAUGUGAUUGCAAUAGCAUUGGAUCUAGGGACAAUGAUUGUGAUCUGAUAACUGGACAGUGUAACUGCGUACCCAAUGCCUAUGGCCGGGAAUGUGAUCAAUGCCUUCCUGGAUUCUGGAACUUCCCCAACUGCGAAAUGUGCCAGUGCAAUGGACAUGCUCACACCUGUGACUCAGCCACGGGACAGUGUCAGAAUUGUCAGGACUUUACCACUGGCUACAAUUGCGACACCUGCGUUGAGGGCUACUACGGAAAUCCACUGCUGGGCAGUGAAAUUGGAUGCCGACCAUGUCGCUGUCCAGGGACUCAAGCAUCUGGCGAAUCUCAUGCUUAUGGCUGUACACUCGAUCCCCGGACAAAUGAUAUGAUCUGCCACUGCAAGGAAGGCUACACAGGACCAAAAUGUGAUGCCUGUGCAGACAAUUACUACAAAAACAACGAGACGAAGGGGAUGUGUUUGCCAUGCGACUGCAGUAACAACAUCGAUCCCAGAGUUCCUGGAAACUGUGAUCCCAACACAGGACGCUGUCUCAAUUGUCUCCAUAAUACAGCUGGACCAAAGUGCGAGCACUGCGAGGAUGGAUACUUUGGAGAUGCUCUUCUACAGCAAUGCACACCCUGUCAUUGUGACUUGUUGGGCACGGACAACACAAUUCAGUUCUGCAAUCGUACGACUGGACAGUGUCCUUGUCUGAAGAAUGUUGUAGGAUUGAGGUGCGAUAGGUGCACUGAAAAUCACUGGAAGAUCGCUAAAGGAGAAGGUUGCGAACCCUGCGGAUGCGACAAGAAAGGCUCAUACAGAGAUCAGUGUAAUCCCUAUGAUGGCCAGUGUGAGUGCCGUCAGGGACGUGGCGGACGUCAAUGUGAUCAAUGCGAGACCAAUUAUUGGGGAAAUCCCAAUCACGAAUGCUACGAGUGCAAAUGCGACUUCUAUGGAUCAGCAACUCAACAAUGCGAUCGUGAGACUGGAAAGUGCGAAUGUAUUAAAGGGAUUGGCGGCUAUAAAUGCAAUGAAUGCGAUAGAGGCUAUCUUGGACAGGCUCCUUACUGUUCACCAUGUGGGGAGUGUUUCGACAAUUGGGAUCUCAUUCUAUCAUCUCUGAAGAAUGAAACCCUGCGCGUGAUCGACGAGGCUAGGAAUAUCAAGACGGUAGGUGCUACAGGUGCAUACACCAAAGAAUUUGACGCUAUGGGCAAGAAGUUAGAGAAGAUCCGCCAAUUGCUGGACAAUACAACAAUCAGUGGACAGGAUAUUGAGAAUUUAGAAUCUGAGGUGCUUAACUUGCGGAAAUCUCUCAAUAGUGCUUUGGAAAAUAUCAAAAGGACUGAAAACUAUCUCGAAGACUUGGAUUCCAAUAUCAAUUUGGCCAAUGUAGAACUCCUGGAUUUGCACAAUCGCACUGAAAACAUCAAAAAUCUCGCUGGAGAUCUCAAGAGGAAUGCCACGCAAUUGCAGGAAGCCAAUGUCGAUGGAGCACUCAAUCUAACUCGUGAAGCAUAUCAGAGAGUGAGACGAUUGGAAGAGAAGGAACUGGAAACACAAGAAUUGAUUGAAAAUGCAGCUAGACAGUGCAAGCGAACGGAGAUUUUGGUCAAUAGGACUGCAGAUGAGGUUCAUAGGCUUUCCAGCAGCAAUGCUGAUGCCUUGGCCGAGUAUGAGGGUGUCUUGCAGGAUCUCAAUGAGAGACUGCCUGAACUCAAUGAAUUGAUGUGUGGCAGUCGAGGAAGUCCAUGCGAUGAUCUCUGCGGUGGAGCAGGAUGUGGAUUUUGUGGAGGAUUGUCGUGUGAAAAGGGAGCUCUGACAAAAGCCGAGAAGGCCCUCAAUUACGCCAAAGAUACUGAAAAAACUCUUCGGGAAAAAGAUGAACAAGCUGAGGAAUUGAUUCGAUCGCUGUCUCAAGCCAAAACGAAUGCUUCGGAAGCCUGGAGACGAGCCAAUCGAGUAUUUAACGAAAGUGAAUUGUACUACAACGAAACAGAUGAUUAUAUCAACGUGGCCAGGAGCUACAUCACCAAUCUCACGGAUGUUAUUAACAGCAAUACAGCACUGCCAAGUGAAAUUGAGACGAUCGCUGAUGAGACCCUUGGAAUGGCUCUUGAGCUGGAUCCUCAAGAAAUUAAAAAUCUCGCAACUCGUAUUGAUGAGACUGUUUCGUCGUUGGAAAAUGUUGAAGAUAUCAUUGAAGAAACUCGUGCAGAUUUGGCUGCAGUGGAGCAUUUGAAGGAUAGAGCAAAUAAUGCAAAGGAACGCGCUGAUGAAGUUCUCACUGAGGCUAAGAAUGUUGUAAAAGCUUUACAAGAUGCUGAUGAGGCUCAAGAAAAAGCCAGUAAGGCUAUACAGAAGGCGAAUGAAGAUAUUUCUUCAGCUAGAAUUGAUCUUGAUCAAAUUGAUGGCGAAACAGGAGAUGCGCAGAAGAAGGCUAAUGAUACUGCCACAACAGUCAAUAUUUUAACGGGAAAAUUGACGGAAUUGGGCAAAAAGUUCCUCAAAAACGACCUCGAUGCGAAGGAAAUUCAGAGACAAUCGGACAAUGUAAAAGAUUUGGCCAACAAUGCUCAUGAACUUGUCACUCAGCUCAAAAACGAAUAUAAGCAAGCAAAUAAUUCACUCUCAGCUAAGGCAGUGACCUCUGAGAGUGCUAGAGAAAGGGCACAAAAUCUCUUGCAAAGAGCUUCAAGGAUUACAGUAGAAACCACGGGAAAACUCAAAGAAUUGAAAGAUAUGGUGGACGUGUACAAAGUCAAUGAUCGUGAAUUGGAAGAUUUACGGCAGACGAUUGCGAACUUGAAUGAGGACAUGACCAGAUAUCUGACGAAAAUUCAAACAGACUCCGAUCGCUACAGACAGUGUACAUCUUGAGGUGAACGUGAGGAGAAUGUGUUUUAAAAAUAUUCUAGAUUAGAAGAUAAGGUGAAAAAACAAAAAAGUUUAAAUGUCGCUUUCGAAUGCAAAAACAAAAGAAAAUCAGAUAGUCAAAUGACCAAUAACUACUUAAGAAAUCAUCAAUGAUUUCAGAAAGAUCGAGAUAUAAUUUGAAUUUGGUGAGAGAUGAAUUUUCUCAGCCGAUAAAUAACCAUGUCUAUUUGUAAUCUUUUUAGUCUUCUCUGUACUACUGAAUCUUCCCCACUUAUUUCUAAUCGAUAUGUAAAUUGUUUUCUUGUAUAUUUUCUGAGGCUUUCAGUUCACUAUUUUUUUUUUUGUAACUGUAUUCCGCUGAAAAUGCCCUGCCAUCAUCGUACUGCCAUUUAAUUUCAGUCAAAUUUAUUUUAGAGCGAAAAAAAAAUAAAGUGUAAUAAACGCA